AUGGGCUCCAUCGAACCCGUGGCUCUCGUUGCUCUUCUGAUAUCACUAAUUGCUCUCUUCACUGCUGCUGGUCAGUUACUGCAGCAAUACUUUGCGACAGCUGAAGGUUAUCGACGUUGCCAACGCUCAGUGAUGGGCGAAUUUUGGGGCUCAAGGACGAUGUUAAAGUGGAAGUGGCGCGAAUUUCGCUUCGAGACUAUCUACUACGUGCCGAAACUCUCUAUCAAUCUAUUCUAUGCGCACGACGCCUUGGAGAAGAAGGCAAACAAUAAAAUAUGGGGUGGCUACUCCAUAAACCAGAACCUAGAUCCUAGAAAGACAUAUUUACUGAUGGACGAGGAGGCAGAACCUAUACGGACUGAACAAGUCGGAAACGAAAUAUCCCAAAGUGACGGCGAAAAGGUCUGUUGGGUACUGCUGAUCAAUCGUCUUCAACUCGCAGAACGGGACGUAGGCACUGUUUAUCCGGAACUGAAAAACAUUCAAACUGCUCAGUGGCAUCAGACUGGUCCAAAAAGGAUAGGCGAGCAAUCUCAGAGACAAAUUGAUGGAGCUCGACUCCAAAUUCUUAAUAAGGGACCCCCAACGAAAGCGUUCCAGGCUGGUGUCAAGACAUAUUUGCCCAUCAACGUUGACGUUCCUGAGAAUCCGUCGACAUUCAGAACUACCCCGUGCUUCCAGGCCUACCGGCGCUCAUGGGAUUUUAUGCCCCCUGACGUCGUCCGACCGUUUUGCCUAUCUACGAUUUCAGAUGUUGCAAGUAUUGCUUUACGUCUCGGUAUGCAGUGGAAAGCGUUUGACCCCAGCAAUGGAAAGUUGAGUGCAGAGGGCCCUGGCCACAUUUUCACGUCUCGCUUUGUUAGAUCCAUCGGUAUCUGCCUUGAAUACACGUCCACGGGUCCAAUUUUGAAUGAGUCCUGCGAUCUCGGUCUCCUACUCCAAAAAGCAUACUUACCUGUGGCUGCUUUGUCGGACUUAGCUUUCGGGGUCGUUCCAGGGAACAAACGCCUCAGUUGCUGGGAUCGACCGGUAGGGAGCAUGGAGAGGAUCAUCGAAUAUCUUGAUUUCUUGGAUAACACGGGAGCCAGAAAUCUACGCUUAUCUGCAUCUCUUCUGGAUACUAUGAGACUCAAACCCGGUAUGCUUCCCGGCUUCAGCGACGUUAUUCCUCUGACAGCCCCGAAACUAAGCCACAAGGAAACACUCUUGUGCAAUAUACCCUCGCCAAACAAUUACUCUUUAGGUGUUCUUCGAUCACAAGAUGGCCUUCUUGUGUUCUCCCAACGGCUUCGUGAGUACGUUAUCUCGCAAGCUGAUCGAGUAUCUUCUCACUUGAGCGUCGUGUUGUCAUGGGUGGAUAAACUAGAGAAAAUUCCACCAUGGGUUACACAUGAAUCCGCCUGGGCUUGUGUUCCAUCCAUGGUCAUUUCAGAAGGUUCCAUCCAAGCCGCGUUCGCGUAUCAAGCUGAAGUCCAUGAUGCACUUGACGAGAUAGAGAUGCGUUUGGUCAGCCUUAAUGCGGAUCCAAUAGGCUCAAUGGAAGGUGAUCACAAAGACAAGAGGAAAGGAUUUUGCUACGAUACUCUACUUGUGGAGCAUAUUCGAAUGGCAGUUGUGGUUAAUAGAGAACUGCUCUUUCCGGAGCAGAGGACAUUGGCAGUCUCCUCACCAACCGAAAAGAAACAGGACCAUAAUGAGGUUCCAGUAGGCAAAACAUGGCUACAGAACAGCAUGCAUGCAUACUGGGAAGAGUUACCUAAGCUUGCCUGUCAGAGCCUUUUGUUGGCACCAUUGUCAUAG